AUGAACCUGAUGUGUGGGGAGCUUUGGAUGAAGGGUGUAAUUCCACGUGCCACAGUAGGACCUGGGCUGACCUCCAGGACCCUGGGUAAGCGUAAGCUGCCUUUCUGUCUUGAGCUGGGAGAUCAAGGUAGGACCCUGGCGGGCGUGCUGGACUCCCACGAGGUAGACACCGAUGCCCACAAUCCUCUUUUGAUAAGCCUGUUUGCUCAGAGCACUUUAGGCCUGGUUAAGGACAUGCGCUCCUGUUGCUGCUGGCCUACUGAUUCAGACGGGGAGAAGCACGAGCUUCGUCUUGCUCGGUGCAAGGAUACAGGUUUACUACUAGUUAACCUGUCAUCAUUUACCCUUAGAGGAAAUGAGUUCCCGAAGUGUGUAAGAGAAUGCAAACUUCAACCUUCACAGACUUCACAGACUCCACAGCGUAAGUCGCCCCCUGAGCUUGUUGGUAGUUGUGACGGGUUGGACCCAUCGGGCCAUCCUGCUUGCACUGGGUUGGACCUUUCGGGCCAAUCCAAAGCCAUGGCAGUGCCACGGGAGGUCGACUACCACGAGUACUUGGAAAGUGGAAUGCUCUGGGACCAAGUUCGGCCCAAAACGUUCACAACUCCACCGCCGAUAGUCAUCUUGUCCUGCGGGAUCAGGUACUACAUGAACAAGGAAGACGGCUGGUGGGGGAAAAAGGCGAGGGAUCCGAUCCAUUGGGCCGAUCGAGUACCUCAGGUGUUCCGGGAUGGUUACACGCUGAUCGUCCAGGACCUCAGAGAUCUAAGCGACCCUGCAAAUGGUGCUUGGAAUGACCACAUCGGUAGGCACCCAGAAAUCAUCAAGGGCCUGGUCAACGCCGAGGCAGGACAACGCUUGCUGCGAAAAAACCUGGUGGAUCUGUUAGACCACUACAACCGCGGCAAAAAAGUUGCGUUGGUAGCAUUUUGCACCAGCAAUCGGCACAGGUCAGUUGCCUUUGGCACGACCCUAGCGGCGUGUCUUUUGGCAAAAGGGAUCGAGGACCAUCUUCUCGUUCACCUGAACGCCAUCACUAGUUGGAAAGGCAUGGCGUGUGGAGGUGGCUGCAGCGACUGCGGUGAAUUCUCCAAACCUGGUCUGGUGAACCUCGGAAAGCAUGCCAACUCCCUCUUGGAUGCGCUCGAGGGCUUCGACGAGGCGAAUCGUCACCAGAACCGUGGGCGCAGUGCGCCACCAGCAGGCCGAGCAGAUGCCGGCCAACGUGGAGGGGCAACCGGUUCGGUGCCUCCUGUUAGGGCAAAGGCCCCCAGCGCCUUGCAUCCAGGUGUCUGGGUAAGUGGAUCUUUGCCGGUGCCAAUGCAAGGUGGACCUAUUAGGCCACCGAGCAACAAACCAGCGCCACCGCCGCCGCCGGCAGCACCAAGGCAACCGCCGUUGCCGCCGCCGUCGAAGUCUCCGACAGUUCCAUCGCCACCAUCACCGCCGGCGAUGGCUCUCACGCCAGAGGUGAAGUCGGAAGAGAGCUCAAGGGUGUCGGCAAGGUUGGACUACGCGCCAGUGGUUGGUACGGCGACGACGGAGACGACCGCUACGGCGUCUUCCAGCAAGGCAUCCACUACCAGCAAGGCUCCCGCAGUAUCUGCCACGUCUAUCGUUCCGAAGGCACCGCCUGCAGAGAUGGAGAAUGACGUGGGGUACUGGAGAGAGCGCUGCAUCCGGCAGGAAACAGCAAAUGAACACCUCCAAGUCAGACUGGUUGCUCUUGAAACUGAGCUUCGAGAGGCAAAGAGUUCUGGCGAAAGUUGGCUUUCUCGAGCCAUCGCUGCCGAGAAGGAGUUGGAGGUGGUCAAGCGAUACGAACGGAGACCUAGAUCCCGUUCUGAGUCGUAUGACUCCAAGGACGAGUCUAGGAGCCGAUCCAGAGACGAUCGAUCAAAAGACGAUCGCAGAGGGCAGAGGCCGAGAGAGAUCGGGAUCCAUGAGACCUGGUCGAAGUGGCCCCCGCUCUACGUCAGCAGGACCGAGCAUCAAGGAGGAGCCCGACGAGGAGGAGCGUGA